GCCUCUGCCGCCGCCACGCGCGUCCUUAUACCGCACGCGACUUUUUCACCCGAACACGACUUACGAACGUUUUUUUUUAUUUUUCCUUUUUCGCUCGAGUGAAAAAGAUUCCGACCGAUUUUUUUGUACGCAAGAGCAAACGUCGCGAGUGGCAGGUAAAAAAAAGUGAAUUCGUUGGUUGAGCGACGAGGAGCUGGAAUUUUACCAAAUGACUUUGUGGCUGGUACUUAAUUUCAAGCGAGUAACGUGACUCGCGGGCAAAAAGUGCGCAUUUUCAGAUCUUCCUUACAUCUGCUGGAGAGAAACAAACACAUUGCAAAAUGCCGAAGAUACGCGAUAUUUUUAUAAGCUUGACGAUGCUGUCGAGCUUGAUAAGCGGCUCGCUGCUGCCGGCGCGCAUGCUGCAAGACCUGAAGCGUCUGACGAACGCGUCGAUGCUGCGCUACCACGACAUGGAGAGGUACAUCAUGGACACGAGGACCCGACUGAGUCGCGACUCGCCGGCCUGGUUUCUGGCCGCCUCCCACGAGAUGUCGCCCGACGCCUUGGACCUUGCGGAAAAGGCCCUGAGACGCGAGACCAUGGCCGUGAUGCUGGUCCAGGCUCUGCGAAUGACGCCCAGAGAGGCCAACACUCUGCUGCCGUCCGUCGCCCCGAAUACGUUGCAGGUGAACCUGUGCAGCGGAGAUUACCUGAGCCUCAUCGGCGAGUGUCGGAAAUUCGACGCGAGGUACCGCAGCCACAGCGGCCGCUGCAACAACCCGCUGUACCCGGCGCGAGGCGCCGCCCUCGAGGCCUACGCGAGAUUUCUGCCGGCCAACUACUCGGACGGGGUCUCGCUGCCGAGCCCGGGCAUGCCGAGCGCCCGACUCGUCAGCAGCGUCAUGCACACGGGCGGCGCGGACCUCAAGCACCCGGCCCUCAUGGCCCUGACGGCUCUGUUCGGCGAGUUCUUGGCCCACGACCUGUCGCACACGCCCCGCAUGGGCCUGCCCAACGGCGAGCGACUCAAGUGCUGCGACGUCACCUACGAGCGAUUUCACCCCGAGUGCAUGCCGAUUGCCGCCGAGCACGAGACCGGCGGAUGCAUGGAGUACGCCCGAUCGGCCCCGCAUCCCGGCAACUCUCACCAGGGAUGCAGACUCGGCCAGCGGCAGCAGAUGAACCAGGCCAGUUCGUACCUGGACUUGUCGCCGCUUUACGGAAGCUCCGAGGAGACGUCCCGAUUGCUGAGAUCGGGUCGGGGUGGCUUUCUCAAUACUCAGCGUCGCGGCUUGCCCAUGCCGGCCAACGACACGCGCAGUUGCCGAAUCGAGAGCCGAGCUUUUCCCUGCUUCUUCAGUGGCGAUUCGCGCAUAAACGAGCAUCCUGGUUUGGCUCUCAUGCACUUGUUGUUCCUCAGGGAACACAAUAGAAUAGCUGAAAAUCUGCAAGCACUGAAUCCUCACUGGGAUGACGAGCGAUUGUAUCAAGAGUCUCGCAGAAUCAACAUAGCUGAGAUGCAGCACGUCACCUACAGCGAAUUUCUCCCAUUGGUUCUUGGCGAAGCCUCCGUAGAUGCCUACGAUCUGCGCUUGACGAGUCGAGGCCACUUUCGGGGCUACGAUACGCGAGUCGACGCGACGCUCAGCAACGCGGCCGCGUCCGCGGGUCUGUUCUUCGUUGCCUCUCUCACUCCCAAGACCCUCGACUUGGUCGACAUCCAAUCGGAAAAGAAGUCCGGCGAGCGAUCGCUGCUCUCGGCUUUCUACGCUCCCCAGGAGCUCUACGAGGCCGGUGCCAUCGAUCGAUUGAUCGCCGGCGCGACCGCCGGUCACUCGCGAAAACCCGAGCCGGCCAGCUUGAACGAGGUCCUGGUCGAGAGGUACUUUCACGACGGCAAGACGAGGGAACGGCCGGUCGAUUACGCGGCUCAAAUGAUCCAGCAGGGUCGCGAUCACGGCCUGCCGACUUACGUCCAGUGGCGCGCCUUUUGCGGUCUGCCGGAAGUUUCGACUUUCGCCGAUCUCAAAGGCACUAUUGCUUUCGACGUGAUAGAGCGUCUUCGAGGCGUUUACAGAAAAGUCCAAGAGAUUGACCUUGUCACGGGUGCACUAUCCGAGGCCCCAGUCACCGGAUCAGUUCUAGGCCCGACCUUCAUUUGUCUCUUGGGACGAACAUUUAGGAACGCCAGAAUAGGUGACAGAUAUUGGUACGAAAAUGGAAACACACCAGGUGCGUUCACCGCAGAGCAAUUGCAGGAAAUACGCAAAACUUCUAUGGCAAGGAUACUCUGCGACAAUGGGGACAGGCUAAAGCGCGUACAGCCUCGAGCAUUUUUGCUUAAAGAUAGGUUUCUAAAUAAUAUGGAGAAUUGCUCUGUGUACAAGGUCAACGAUAUCAACUUACUGUUUUGGAAGGAAAAAUCACCAGCCACGUGAUUACAAGUGUGAAUUUGUGCAUGACUUUUAUUUUCGUUUGGUUGCCAUUGAAUUCAUAAGUUUAUACGUCAGUAAAUCAACACAAGACGUAAUUUACUCAAU